AUGGCUAGCCCUGACGAAGUCACUGUCUCAAGCACCCAAGGCUUUGGAAGACAAGUAACACAAGUCGCCACACUCUUGGAGACUAAGAGACAGGCUAAGAUCACCGCAAUCAAUUUAGCCAUUCCAUCUGCAGUCAACCUGGUCGAGCUGAUCAAGCAUAAGGUGAAAGGUCUCUAUCAAAUUAACUCCUUUGAAAGAGUCCCUAAUUCCAAUAAAACCAGAGUCGUCUUCUUAUUGAGUUUAGACCCACUCGAUGCCUCAAGCAAAGGAUACCAGCCUCCUAUUCCUGAAAGCCAAGUCGAGGCAAAGACUCUUGCUGAACUUAAGAACCAGCCAACAAGAUCAGCCACUGAAGAAAAUAAAAGACCUCCAGUAAAGAGAGAACAGCACCCAAGAGAAGAGCACAAACCAGCUCAGCAUGGAACUUACAACAAGUCUCAUGAAACAGCAAAAGAGGGAGAAGCCAGAAAGCCUGCCAGUAAGCCAUACAGCCAAACUGAAAGAACAGAAAGAGCUCCAAGAGGCACCAGAGGUGACAGAGGUGACAGAGGCUCAAGAGGCACUAGAGGUGGUGACAGAGCUGAAAGAGGUGAAAGAAGAGGAAACUCAAGAGGCCCAAGAGGCUCAAGAGGUAGAGGAUAUGGAAACUUCCAAGGGGAAAGAAGAGUUCCACCAGAGCAAGGAAAAUAUGUCAGAGAAACUGUAAGAGAAGCAACCAAGAAGGAAGAUAACGAAAUUUUUGUAAGCAUGAAAGGAAGUGAAAGCUUUUUCUUGAAGGAAGCUUUGUUACUCCUUAAGAAAGAUGGAAAAAGAACCAUUGUCAUUAAAGCUAGCGGAGCUGCCAUCCCUAAAGCUAUUAAAGUUGUUGAAGAAAUCAAAAGACACGAGCUAGGACUUCAUCAACUUAAUAACUUCAACAAUAGAAAGAUUCAGGUCUUAUAUCAUGCUCAGGAAGAAGGAUUAGAAGACAGAACUGCAGAAAGAGAUCUUACAGGAGUUGAAAUCAUCCUAACUUCCCCUCCGUGAACAAAAAAUCUUGUUCGCUCACAGAAGGGGGUUAAUUUUUAUUUUUUAAAAACAUUUAUAUAGAAAUUUUAUAGAAUUUUUUUUUUCGAAUUUAAAAAAAUCCCACUUCGCAAAAAUUGGAAAGCAAAUAUUAAUUUAAUUUGUAAAAUUUAUUUUUUAAAACGCGAUUUGUUUAAAAUUAAACAGAAUUAGCUCGAGAUUUCAUUAUACUAAUUAUCACUUAUAUAUCAAUUUUUUUCCAUAAAAAAAUUUUUAUAUUGGCAAAAAAAGGGAUUUUUCUAAUGGUUUUGUUCGCUCACGUAGGGGGAGUAAGCAAAGACGAACAGGAUAGAACUCACACUGGAUACCAAGCUCCACUUCCAGCAAGCCAGGUCAAGAGUAUUUCAAUAGAACAAGUAGAAAAAUUAAGAUAA